GCUGAAGACAAAGCUCUCCCAGUAAUGGACUAUUAUACUCAGGAAGUUCAAAGUUCUUCGUCAAAACCAGAGUUUGUUCGUUUUUGCGAAGUGAAGACACAACAUUUUUACGAUGUACUGACCCCUUAUGCAGUCGGAAGAUGGUGCUUUACUGUCCUCCUAAUCUUCUUCUAUAUAAUACGUAUUAUCAUCACACAGGUUUUUUAAUGCUUCGUUCUUCAUUGUAUUUUUCUCAGGGCUAUCACGUAGUCACUUAUUUGAUGGGAAUAUUUCUUUUGAACAGGCUAAUUGAUUUUCUUUCGCCCAAAAUCGUACCUGAAACGUCCACUGAUGAAGUGCUUCCAACCAAGUCGUCGGAAGAGUUUAGGCCUUUUUUAAGGAAAUUGCCUGAACUAAAGUUUUGGAACUCAUGUACCAUAUGUUUACUCAUAUCUAUAUUCUGUACAUUUUUGAGCUUUCUCGAUGUACCUGUGUUUUGGCCGAUUCUAGUUAUGUACUUCGUCUUGCUGUUUUACGUGACUAUGAAGCGUCAAAUAUCGCAUAUGAUCAAAUACCGUUAUUUACCAUUCACCUAUGGAAAACCACGUCAUCAGUCCAAUGAAAUGAAAUUUUAAAAUGGAUUCAACUUAUACACAUUUACAAUGUGUAAACAAAAUUUGAAAUUUUUGUUAUGCAUCAUCGUUCUGAACGAUUCAGUACUUAUUUUUAUGUACUGCUUCUUGUACUUCUUGUGAUGAGUCCUACUCGUUCCUCUGAGUAUAUAUAUAUAUAUAUAUAGUGCGCAGUUUCCUACUUAAGGUAUACACUUGAUUUAUGCUUAGAAACAGAUGUAAAAAAGUAACAUAGUUGAAUUUAAUCAAAUUUCUAUUUGCAUGUCUUUCUUUUCCUUUUACUUGUCAAUUCUUCCUGUUUUCUGCUUUAUUCCACAAGAAUUUAAAAUCUCAAACCAGUACUUUUUGUCUUUUAAAUAAUCACCCCACAUUUCGUUAAUCCCAAAUUAUGCGUUCAUGUUUUUCGUAAAUAUGCACAGUUUAGUUGUGUACCUCCACUGAAUGCUACAAUAAGACGACUUGGUUAUUGCCUAUACAUGAUAUUACGGAUAAAUUCUUCAUCUGUCAAGUUAGUAUUCGGCUUCCACCGUGUUAACCGAAAUAAAUGGAUUAAACCUGCACUGUGUGAUUGGUUCCACAAAAACAGAUUUUCAUGUCCAACCAAUCUUGAAGAUUGAACUAAUUAAUACUAAGGACUUUACUUGGUGAAAAUUAUCGAUCUAAUAUGUGUAGAAAUAUUUCAGUGUUUGUUUCUUAUUAAUGCAAAAUCAACUAAUUCCUGAAAAGCACUUGGAUUUAUUAGUUAUAAAUCCAUUAUUUGAAAAAUAGAUUUAUUAGACAGAAGU